UAUUAAUAUCGAUAUCGCCAUAUCGAUACGCAUCGCUAUUGCAUGCAGCCCGCAAUUGGGAAUUGAUUGUCAAGCCGUCCACAUUGAUACGCGGCAGCAGCAAUAACAAUAAUCAAACGGGAAUAGCACACACACACAGGCCAGAGAUAUACGCGUUCAAUUUUAGGCGAACGCCGCCCGCAGCCAAAAAGAAAAGAAUAAGAAAAACAAAAAAAAAAGAGAGACAACUUGACAAAAAUUAACAACAGCAGCCGCUAAAAAUAAUACGCAGUGGCAAAUUAAUUGCAAAUAUUUGGCUUUGCUUUUGUUUACACAGCGUGAGCAGCUUGAGGAGUGUAACUAGUGUGAGUAGAAAGCAUGGCAACUAAUGUGAGCGCCUCAGGCGAUGCUGCCUACAUAGCCAAGUCCUUGUUGAUGCCGAAUGGGAAGCCAAACGGUUUUGUGGGCAGCAGCAACGCUUUGGUAGAUGAGAACGGGGGAGAAGAGGCCACACAAUUGCAGGAUGGUCUCAGCUGCAGUGAACUAUUUCUGAACGGUGAGGGCCUCACCUACAAUGAUUUUCUUAUACUGCCCGGCUAUAUUGAUUUUGCGGCCGAGAACGUUGAUCUGAGCUCGCCAUUGACCAGAAAGAUCAUAUUGCGAGCACCUUUGGUUUCCUCGCCCAUGGACACUGUAACCGAAUCGGAGAUGGCCAUUGCCAUGGCGCUUUGUGGUGGUAUUGGAAUAAUCCAUCACAACUGCACGCCGGAAUAUCAAGCAUUGGAGGUGCACAAGGUUAAGAAAUACAAACAUGGCUUCAUGCGUGACCCAUCGGUCAUGUCGCCCACGAAUACCGUCGGCGAUGUGCUCGAGGCUCGUCGCAAGAACGGCUUCACCGGCUAUCCUGUAACAGAGAAUGGCAAGCUGGGCGGCCGCCUACUGGGAAUGGUCACGUCCCGUGAUAUUGAUUUUCGUGAGAAUCAACCGGACGUGCUGUUGGAGGACAUCAUGACCAGGGAUCUGAUCACAGCCCCUAAUGGCAUCACUCUCCCGACGGCAAAUGCCAUAUUAGAAAAGAGCAAGAAGGGUAAGCUGCCGAUUGUAAACGAGGCUGGCGAAUUGGUGGCGAUGAUUGCGCGCACGGAUCUGAAGAAGGCACGCUCCUAUCCCAAUGCCUCGAAGGAUAGCAACAAGCAGCUGCUGGUUGGCGCUGCCAUCGGCACCAGGCAUGAGGAUAAGACUCGUCUACAGCUGCUGGUCGCCAAUGGUGUCGAUGUCAUCAUAUUGGACUCAUCGCAGGGCAAUUCCAUUUAUCAGAUCGAAAUGAUUAAGUACAUCAAGGAGACAUAUCCCGAUUUGCAGGUCAUUGGCGGCAAUGUGGUGACACGCGCCCAGGCCAAAAAUCUUAUUGACGCCGGCGUCGACGGCCUUCGUGUGGGUAUGGGCUCCGGCUCCAUUUGCAUCACCCAGGAGGUGAUGGCCUGCGGCUGCCCGCAGGCGACUGCCGUCUAUCAGGUCUCCACCUAUGCCAAACAGUUUGGAGUGCCCGUCAUUGCUGACGGCGGCAUCCAGUCGAUUGGGCACAUCGUUAAGGCUUUGGCGCUCGGCGCCAGUGCUGUUAUGAUGGGCUCCCUCCUGGCUGGCACUUCGGAGGCGCCCGGCGAGUAUUUCUUUUCGGAUGGUGUCCGCUUGAAGAAAUAUCGUGGUAUGGGCUCCCUAGAGGCCAUGGAACGUGGCGAUGCCAAGGGCGCUGCCAUGUCCCGCUACUACCACAAUGAGAUGGACAAGAUGAAGGUGGCGCAAGGUGUUAGUGGCAGCAUCGUGGACAAGGGAUCGGUGCUCCGCUACUUACCCUAUCUGGAGUGUGGCUUGCAGCACAGCUGCCAGGACAUUGGCGCCAAUUCUGUACAGAAACUAAGGGAAAUGAUCUACAAUGGCCAGCUGCGUUUUAUGAAGCGCACCCAUUCCGCCCAGCUUGAGGGCAACGUGCACGGCCUUUUCAGCUAUGAGAAGCGUCUCUUCUAACAUACACCCUGCGCUGCGGCGCCUGGCGGUACAAGAUCGGAACAGCCGGGUAUACCACAGCAGCAACAACAACCGUAGCAGCAACAGCCAACCACCAGCGGACUUCGUACGACACUAUAAACGGAAAUUAUCUUGUAUAAGGUAUUAAGUAGUGGUUAGACAUUUUAUUCAAGUACUUUAUAGGAGGCAAAUUAUAGUGAACGGUUUUAUUUCGAUUGCCUAGCGAUUCCCAACUAUACUAUAUAUAUAGAGAGAGCAUUCGAAUAUCCCCAGAACCAAUAAACACUGUUAUAGGAUCAGAGCAAGCCUGUUUUUUAUUCUACAUUCGAAUGCAUAUGUAUAGCUGUUAAAAAUGAACAUAUAAUGUAUACGUUUAUAUCUAUUGAACUAAAGAGAAACGUUUAAACUUAAAUUUUAAGAUAUUAUCCCGCGCACACACACACACACGCACAUAUGUACUAAAGUAUGUGAAACUAUAUACAUACAAUAUAUAUGUAACAAUAAAAAUUGUAA